AUGGAUGUUGAGGAUCCGGGAAUUCGUGCUUCGUUCUAUCGACAGAUCAGUCCUCUGGUUAGCCUGGUAGGUGCACAGUCAGUCAGCGUAAUUCACCCGCUCCUCGAACAAGGCCUAAUCGAUCCGGAUGAGACAGUUAUUGAAGCCUGCAUGCAAGCGCUCACGCAUCUGCUCCGUCAGUCGUUGCUCAGUGCACCGAUAGCAGUUUCAUUCCUCUCACGUGCGCUCGCACUAACAGCUCAUCCAACGGUCCGAUUGCGUCAGAGUGCUGUGGCGUAUAUUACUUGCUUUGCACGUCGUGCCGUACGAUCUAAAAAUCCGAUUAACAAAGAGAAUAUACCGGACGGGACCGGCAUUCAUGAGGUGAACACGAAAUCUCGAUUUCAAUGGUCUGGUCUGUGCAGUCCAGCCAGUGUUUAUGCUCGACUGACGAAGCUGGAGGUUUCGGAAACCUUUUUCAAGUGA